AUGUGCAGGAUGAGCCCAAAUGAAAUUGAACCCUUCGCAGCCCUUAAAGAGAUCCCCUUACAGCUCCACAUGUGGUGGAAUGAUCUAGGAAAAGGCAGUAGAGAAACCGUGGUAAAUGUUCUGGGAGGUCUCAUCGGACUAUUGAACAUCAAGCCAAUGUUGGACAUAAUUGAAGCAUUAGUACCUUUUUGGGACCCAACUCACAAUGUGUUCCGUUUCUCUGACUUUGAGCUCACAACUACACUGGAGGAAGUUGCGGGUUAUGCGGGCCUUAAUGGAAACCUUAGAAGUCGAUAUCAAGUGUCACCAAGAUUGGUAUCUCCCCACAGAUUUCACGAUCUGCUGAGUAUUAGUCGGGAUAUUCAGGAUGGAAAUUUAUCUGCAGGAUAUUGCACUCUCCAAUUCUUGUAUCAACGUUAUGGUAACCCCCGGGGUUUUGAAGAGCCGAACACUGGUCUGACCCAUGCCGGAAAUAAAGACAAAUGGGAGGCAAGGCGGGGUUUGGCUUUUAUAGGUGCCUUUUUGGGUGUUGUAGUUUGUCCGCGAAAAGAUGGUAAUAUAGAGGUGGGUCUCGUAGGAAUGAUCGAUGUUGCAAUCAAGAAAGCCAACAGCACUGUGGUUCCCCUAAUCUUAUCUGAAAUCUACCGAGCCUUGACUAUCUGUCGGGAAGGGGGAAAGUUCUUCCAAGGCUGCAAUCUCCGAGUAGUGGGUAUUGAAUUCCCCGAGGGCAUUGAAGCUUGGCUUGCACAUUUGAGCUCAUUGACCGCCGAUAAAAUUGAGUGGGCAUUCGGAUGGCUUCCCGUCACCGAAGUAGUAUACAUGUCAGCUGAAGUGUGUUAUCUCCUCCUGAUGGGCAUCCGGAGCAUCCAGCCGUAUGCUCCCCACAGGGUUUUGCGCCAAUUAGGAAGAUUUCAAACCGUUCCCCAUGACGAAGAUUUGAGUAAACAUGUCAUUGAAUUGGGCCCAAAAGCCGUAUUUCCAUAA